AUGGCCUCAUCGAGCAGCAACGUCGUCGGCGUGCACUACCGGGUGGGCAAGAAGAUCGGAGAGGGCAGUUUCGGCGUUAUCUUCGAGGGCACCAACCUCCUCAACAACACCCAGGUCGCGAUCAAGUUCGAGCCGCGCAAGAGCGAUGCCCCCCAGCUACGCGAUGAAUACCGCACGUACAAGAUAUUAGUAGGCUGUCCCGGUAUUCCUAAUGUAUACUACUUCGGUCAAGAGGGUCUCCACAACAUCCUGGUAAUAGACCUGCUCGGUUCGAGUCUGGAGGAUCUGUUCGACCAUUGCGGCCGGCGCUUCUCGAUCAAAACAGUGGUCAUGGUCGCGAAGCAGAUGCUGUCUCGAGUCCAGACAAUACACGAGAAGAACCUGAUCUACCGCGACAUCAAGCCCGACAACUUCCUGAUUGGCCGACCGAACACGAAAGCUCAGAAUGUCAUCCACGUCGUCGACUUUGGCAUGGCGAAGCAGUACCGAGACCCGAAGACGAAGCAACACAUCCCGUAUAGAGAACGAAAGUCGCUGUCGGGCACAGCAAGAUACAUGUCCAUCAACACACAUCUGGGAAGAGAGCAAUCGCGGCGAGAUGAUCUCGAGGCACUGGGCCACGUGUUCAUGUACUUCCUGAGAGGUGGUCUGCCUUGGCAAGGGCUGAAGGCUGCAACCAACAAGCAAAAGUACGAGAAGAUUGGUGAGAAGAAGCAGACGACGGCGAUCAAAGACCUGUGCGAAGGCUUUCCAGAAGAGUUCAACAAGUACCUCUCAUACGUGCGAAACCUUGGUUUCGAGGACACUCCCGACUACGAUUACCUUCGAGAGCUUUUCACAAAGGCACUGCAGAACACUGGUGAGGUGGAGGAUGGCGAAUACGACUGGAUGAAGCUCAACAACGGCAAAGGCUGGGACCUGUCAGCGCGAGCAUCACAGACGGCGCCACAUCGAGAAGGACCAGAGGUAUCACGAGUUGCUGUAGCAGGCGGCCAACCGGGCGGUCAAAGAGGAUCGAAGGCGCAAAUAUCAGCCGAUCGACUAAACGCAGAACUUCCGAAGCCCGGCCAAGCACGACAAAGCCAACAGCCCGUCAGCAAACAACAGCCGCGAAGACACCACAACAGCCAAGACCUGGCAAAAAGAACGAGCAAUGGCAUGCAGCUCGAUGCACCCGACGCAGCAAGCACGGCUCCGCAGUUUGCGAACAGCACCCCAAACUUGCCAGGCCGGCUUAGCACCCAGGCGAUGAACUCACGGCAACCCUCUGGCGUGCAAACCCAGCAGCAGACUCGGCCGGCACCGCAGCAGCAACAGCAGCCGGAACAGAAGGAGGGCUUCAUGCAGAAGGUCUUGAAGGUGCUGUGCUGCGGAUAG